UCUCAGUUCCCAUUUCUUCAUCUUCUCAGUUCCAUUGCUUCAUCUUCUCAGUUCAAUAAUCAAUUGGUGAAGUUGGAUUUAUAGCAUUAUCAGGUAUCUGUUUCUGUGUGGUAGAUAAUUGCUUUCCAUGUCUGUUGAGCGAACUUUGAAGAAGCUAGUUUCUGGUGUCAUCCUUGAUUUGGAUGGUACACUUCUUAAUACAGAUGGCACUGUGAGUGAAAUUUUAAAGGUUUUCUUAGUUAAGUAUGGAAAGCAAUGGGAUGGGAGAGAAGCUCCCCACAUAGUAGGGAAAACCCCAACAGAAGCUGCGGCUGCUGUUGUUGAAGAUUAUGGGCUGCCACUGUCAACAGAUGAAUUUCUUUCGCAAUUUUACCCAAUGCUGUCUGACCAGUGGCGCAAAAUCAAAGCUGUUCCAGGGGCCAAUCGAUUGAUUAACCAUUUGAGGGGUCAUGGUGUACCCAUGGCAUUGGCGUCAAAUUCUUCUAGAUCUAACAUAGAGGCCAAAAUUUUUCAUCAUGCAGGAUGGAAAGAAUCCUUCUCAGCUAUUGUUGGAGGAGACGAAGUGAAAGCUGGAAAGCCAUCUCCGGAAAUAUUUCUUGAAGCAGCUAAAAGACUCAACAUGGAUCCAUCCAGCUUUCUUGUCAUUGAAGAUUCAAUACCAGGUGUUACUGCUGGUAAGGCUGCUGGAAUGGCAGUAGUUGCUGUACCAUCUCUUGCAAAGCAGUCUCAUCUUUAUACUUCUGCUGAUGAAGUGAUCAAUUCUCUUCUAGAUUUGCAACUAGAAAAGUGGGGACUACCUGCAUUUCAAGACAGGAUAGAAGGUACUUUGCCUUUAGAACCUUGGUGUAUUGGUGGUCCUGUCAUUAAGGGAUUUGGGCGCGGCUCAAAGGUUCUCGGGAUCCCCACAGCUAAUUUAUCCCCAGAAGGUUAUUCAGCCAUUCUUUCAGAACAUCCAGCGGGUGUAUAUUUUGGAUGGGCAGGACUAUCAGGUCGAGGUGUCUACAAGAUGGUCAUGAGCAUUGGUUGGAAUCCUUUCUUCAAUAACGCAGAAAAGACUAUUGAACCAUGGUUGCUUCAUGACUUCAAUGAGGACUUUUAUGGUGAGGAAUUGCAUCUAGUUGUUGUGGGCUACAUACGGCCGGAGGCCACCUUUUCGUCACUUGAAGCCUUGAUAGCAAAAAUUCAUGAGGACAGGAAGAUUGCAGAAAGAGCUCUCGAACUUCCUCAAUACUUGAAGUACAAGGACGAUCCAUACCUUAAAAGUUCUUUGCAUCAGGAAAAUUGAUCAUUGAAGUCUUGAAGUUCAUUGUUGUUCUGAUUGGGAUUGUAUCUGUCCUAAUUCCUCAGACUACAAUAGUCUCCCCAUCAAAUUGCAUGGAAUGCUUUAUACAAUAAACAGAUAAAAAAAUUGAAUGUAUAGCUAUUCAGAAGUAAAAGAACCAAGUGAUGGUUAUAAAGUGGGCUAAGCAUUUCUAGGGGGUAUUAGUCAAUGGUAAAGGGUUCAAGUGCAGGAUCCUUGUACUGAGAAUUUCAAGUUAAGGUGUCAAUAAAGUGUUGGCCCUUUGGUCAAUUGUUUUAAAUACAAAAUAUGGACCUAUUUAUGUGAAUUUUCUGCCUUUUGACGAAAUAUUUAUGGUUGAGAA